GUCUCUCAUUUCCAACCUCAGAAAAUUAAUGGCAGCCCUUUACUUCACUCCAUCUUCAUGUUUCACUCUCAACCCAAAACAGCCACACCCGACCAAACUGCCCUCAACCUUUCAGCUGACUCUCCGGCCGACACGACACCGUACACGGCGGCAGUGGAAUGUGGUCCGGUCGUACAAGGUAGUGGUGGAGCACGAGGGCAAGUCCACUGAGCUUGAAGUGGAGGAAGAUGAGACCAUACUAGAGAAGGCAUUGGAAUCUGGAUUGUCUGUGCCGCAUGACUGCAAGCUUGGGGUGUGCAUGACUUGCCCGGCUAAGCUUCUCGGCGGGGAGGUGGACCAGAGUGAAGGUAUGCUGAGUGAAGAUGUGGUGGAGGGUGGUUAUACAUUGCUCUGUGUUUCGUAUCCCAAAUCGGAUUGUCACAUUCGGACCAUACCGGAAGAGGAGCUGCUCUCACUUCAAUUAGCAACAGCUAAUGACUAGAAAUUUUGGUUCUUUUGAAACUGAGGCAUGUUUGUAUCGAGUUAUGGAUUGUUGAAUAGAACUUGUGUGUUUUGCUUUAUUAC